GACACUCCAUGCCUCUGACACAAAGGCCAUGUCUUUUCACGCCUCUGCUUACUCCGCCUUACAUGCAGAACCCAAGGACACCGCCGCACAUGUUCGAGUCGGUGCUCACGACCGACAAUCCAAACAACACGUCUGUUUGGCCGGCCAAGGUUCAAAGUCGCAGACUUCUCCCAAACGAACACAGGCCCAUCAGAACCCACUUAGCCUCACAGGCCUCAUGGUGUAUGCACCGCCUCACUUCUCAUACACCCAAUGUUUGGGACUCGUGUAGAGCCUGGACCCUUGAGGGUACCUUUCGUGCGGUGGGAAGAUUAAACACACAGGGCCAUUACGGUGUUGUUCUCAGCUCUCAUCCUACUGAUGGCCACAACGUUCGUACUAGCCCCCGGGACGAACGGGACUGUACCAUGGCUGCGAACAGGUUUGCUCGCGUUGAUGCUCGACCAAGGGCACCAAGGGUUCCUUUCAUGCACUCACCGUUUCGUAGCCUCUCACCACUUACUCAAUGAAACUUGGCCCACUAUCCACGGAUACUCACUCACGCUCAUCGCCACUCACAAUCCAUGAAAGAAAAACGACAUUCAAAGGACCUUAUAUAUAAAUCCUCGAAGAACAA